CGUGCAUUUUAAGACGUUACACUCGUCACUUCCGGCUGUUGUUUGGCUGGUUGUUUGAAAUGAGAAGGCUGGCUGUAUAAAGCCUAUUUUAAAUGCUUGAAUGGCAGGUUUAUUCCACGGGGAUACACGCUGUGGAACAAGAAGAGUCCUAUAGAGUGUGCUACGGGAUCUACUUCACUCUUUCGACCGUACUAUGUUUAAAAAGAUGACUGAAUUUGGUCCAGAUUCCGGGGGGAGAGUUAAGGGAAUAACCAUCGUGAAGCCCAUUGUGUUUGGGAACGUUGCCCGUUACUUUGGGAAGAAGAGAGAGGAGGAUGGACACACACACCAGUGGUCUGUCUAUGUGAAGCCUUACAGAAAUGAGGAUAUGUCUGCUUACGUGAAGAAGAUCCAGUUCAAGCUUCAUGAGAGCUAUGGUAACCCUCUGAGAGUGGUGACCAAGCCUCCAUAUGAGAUUACAGAGACGGGCUGGGGGGAGUUUGAGAUCAUCAUCAAGAUCUUCUUCAUUGACCCCAAUGAGAGACCCGUGACUCUGUACCAUCUGUUGAAGCUGUUCCAGUCAGACUCCAGUGCAAUGCCGAAGAAGACGGUUGUCUCUGAAUUCUAUGAUGAAAUGAUCUUCCAGGAUCCUACGGCCAUGAUGCAGCAGCUGCUGACGACUUCAAGACAACUCACCCUGGGUGCAUACAAGCAUGAGACUGAAUUCAUUGAGCUGGAACAGAGGACCAAGGAGAAAAUGGAGGCAGCAAAGAAGAGAACCAGCCAGGAGAUUACAGAGCUGAAAGACAAACUAAAAGCCAGCAGAGAAAACAUCAACCAGCUGAAGGCAGAGAUCAGGAAACUGGAGGAGGAUGGAGACCACAAGGAGCACUGAGACAUGGACAAAUGCACACAAAGUGAUAAAAAAGAAGAAGCCAGCCAUUGUUGUUUUUAUUUGUUUUUAUUUUUUACUUUUACACUGUCUCUCAACAUCACAAAGCUCAGAGAAGACAUAAGUAUCCCCCACCGUCAUAUGUUUUUACUGCCGAACUGAAAAAAGAUAUUUCAGAACUGUGUUGUAUUGUCAGCGGUUUUGCUUGUGGCUGAGAAAAGGACGUUAUUCACCUUGUCAUGGUGUUUUUUUUCUACCCACACAUUGCAGGAUCAGUCAAGAAUGACAAAAUAUAUGUAAUUUUCUGAAAUGUUUUCCAACAUUAACCCUAUCCAGUCAUCUCUAUGACAUUGAUCCUGUUUGAAGGCUUUUUCAUGCACCACUCUGAGGUCAAUCAACAGUUUUGAAUAAGAAAGGCUCAUUUGUUCUGUUUUUUAAUUUUUUAUUUACUGAUCUUUCAGUUUUCUAUAUAAAGUUAACAUGUUUUCAGGAUUGUCUGUAAAUGUCUCUUCUGUUGUGAUCAUUUGGGUUUGAUGAGGGUUGAUUCAUAAAACAUAAUAGAAUACAGGCGUACACAUCCACUGUAACGAAGAUUUAAGUAACUCCUAUAAUCCAUAUGGAGUGAGACUUACUGUAUGCCAGUAUGACGCAAGAGUUUCUCUGUGCAAAGACUAUUAAAGCAUCACCAUAAACUUA